AUGUCACAAGUCCACCCUCAAGAAAAACAUCAUCCCCGUAGUCAUGGUCAAUGCGAUGCUCAAGAUCAGCCCCAAAAUGGCGACCAACCUCAAGCCUUGCUUCAAUCUAACUGCCAAGGCUCAUUUAAUAUUGAUGCUGGCAAUUUCACCUGCUUUUCCAACCUACCUCUCGAACUACAACGCAAGAUUUGGGAGAUUGCUGCUGUCCCACAGUCUCGGAUCAUUGAAAUUGAAACAAUUUGUGAGCGAGAUGCUGAGGGAAAAAUUCAUCCCAAUCAUGACGAUGAUGAACUUGUACAUUGGAGUCCUACAAAGUGUUCACCGACACCGUUACUUGGAAUCUGUCGUGAAUCGCGGUCGAUUGCCAUGAAGUAUCAUAAAUACUCUAGCUUCCUCGAUCGUCCUCUAUUCUACAAUACAGAUCUGGACACUCUAUGGGUCAGAGGAAAUCCACUUUUCCAAUCCAUCACUAAUGAUCCACCGAGCGAAACAACACUCGAAGUUUUAUUCUGGCAGAGACGAUUUACUGAACUGGGGCCAUAUCUUUUUCGCUCCGUUGCCCUCGACUUUGCGGGAAUUAAAGAACAUCACAACAUUAUGUCUCGGGGAAACAUACCGCAAGACCCUAGUCUUUGCACGCUUUAUGCUGUCUCUAGAACAGAGGUGGAAAAGAUUUACAUUGUUUACUCUUCUGGGGACUGCAGGGAUGAAGUUGACCAGGAAGUAAAAUACCUGGUGGAAAAUAUAAAAUGGAGUGCCCGAUAUUCCAGGGAAUGGAUCCAGGAAAUGCUAAAAGAAAGGAACGAACGAGAUGGCACAAAUUUAACAAAGUGGAAGAUGCCUACUGUUGAGGCAAUUUUGGAUACUCGACUUAUUAAUCCCAAAUUUGCCGCUAUCCCGCAUUAUCGCGCAAUUCAAGUAGAAACGAAAUAUGAAGGAAUUAAAGUUGAAUCAAAUGGCGACCGCAAAGGGGUUUGGAGGAAGCAAGUUGCUUCACCUUGUUACCCAAAUGCGCUUUUCGAAACCUGUCGUGAAUCCCGUGAGAUUGCAAUCACGAAAUAUGACCAUAGUAAGGUUCAUACAAUCUCUACUCAAGUUACAGCAGAGUGCAACAUUCCGCGCCGGUUUUAUUACAACGUGGACAACGAUAUCUUGUGGAUGAGAGGAGAUCCUUUACGCAUGACCACCUCAGCAGAAGUUUUACGCGGAACACUAGACAAAGCUCAUCAUGAACAAUUCUCAAACAUUGCUAUUGACGUCGAAACGUUGUUUGAGGCAAACUUUCCUCAAGAUCCGGCGCAUGCAUGGCCUGCACGCUUUUUUGACCCAACACAAUUCUUCGUUGGCAUGCCAUUUUUCCAAAAUCUUGCCGUGAAAAAGGUGUAUCUGGUUUACUCCAGAGUGGACCGAAUGUACGUAGCUACUGAAACUUUCGAAGAUUUGAUCAUAUUUAUGAAUAGCGAUGAACAAGAAAAACGAGAAAUGUACCAUUCGAGGCUGGUUCUCGAUGGUAUCAAAGGUCGUUUAUGGACAUGGCCUACAAUCGAAGUUGUUUCGGAGUCCGAUUUAUUUGAACACAAAAGAGAUUGGAGGGGUAAUAUCGUUUUAAGAUAG